AGUUUUCCCUCUCUCUGCAUCUCUUCGUUGGGAUCGAUGGAGGCGGUGCAGCAGCAGCUGAAGAGGCGGAAGAGGCAGAAGCGGAAGCUGGAGGAGGAGGACGCCGCGUCGGCGGCGGAGUCGGAGGCGGGAGGGGAGGGCGGUGGUGAGGAGAUCUACUGCCAGCGAUCGCGGCAGGCGCUCGCCCGUGAGGUCAGGGCCAAGGUCCAGGUCCUCGAACGGACCUUCUCCUGGCGGUUCGCCGAUCGCGCUGCCGCCAAGCGUGCCACCCACAUCCUCGCGGAGCUCGCCAAGGACAAGAAGGUCGUGAACGUGAUUGUGGAAGAGGGGGCGGUGCCGGCGCUUGUAAAGCAUCUGCAGGAACCGCCGCCGCCGCUGGGAAGCGAAGGCAGCGCCAACGAAGGAGAGCGUCCUUUCGAGCAUGAGGUUGAGAAGGGGAGCGCGUUCGCCCUCGGUCUUCUCGCAGUGAAAGUAUCUGCUGUGCCUGAACAUCAGCAACUCAUAGUUGAUGCGGGUGCCUUGCCUUUGCUUGUUGAUCUCUUAAAAAGGCAUAAAAAAGGUUUCAACUGCCAGGUAGUUAAUAGUGUUAUUAGGAGAGCAGCUGAUGCAAUUACUAAUCUUUCUCAUGAAAACAGCAAUAUCAAAACUUCUGUCAGGAUCGAAGGUGGGAUACCGCCUCUCGUUGAACUGCUGAAGUCUACCGAUGCUAAGGUACAGAGAGCAGCUGCAGGUGCCUUGCGGACAUUGUCAUUUAAAAAUUAUAGUAACAAGAACCAGAUUGUGGAUUGCAAUGCUCUUCCUACACUGAUUCUCAUGCUUCAAUCAGAGGAUGCUGCCAUCCAUUAUGAGGCGGUUGGUGUUAUUGGGAAUCUGGUUCAUUCAUCCCCUAACAUAAAGAAAGAAGUUCUUCGUGCGGGAGCUUUACAGCCAGUGAUUGGUUUAUUAAGUUCAUGUUGCACGGAGAGUCAAAGGGAAGCAGCUUUACUAUUAGGGCAAUUUGCUUCAGCCGAUUCAGAUUGCAAGGUGCAUAUUGUUCAGAGAGGUGCUGUCCGCCCUCUGAUCGAGAUGCUUCAGUCCCCAGAUAUUCAACUUAAGGCAAUGUCUGUCUUUGCUCUUGGAAGGCUGGCCCAGGACUCACACAACCAAGCUGGUAUUGUCUACAAUGGCGGUUUGGUGCCUCUUCUUAAACUUCUUGACUCAAAAAAUGGAUGUUUGCAACAUAAUGCUGCAUUUGCUCUUUAUGGUAUUGCAGAGAAUGAGGAUAAUUUUUCUGAUUUUAUCAAGGUAGGAGGUGUUCAGAAGCUACAAGAUGGUGAAUUCAUUAUCCAGGCAACUAAGGACUGUGUAGCAAAGACAAUGAAGAGAUUAGAGGAGAAGAUUAAUGGGCGAGUACUAAAUCAUUUAUUAUAUCUGAUGCGAGUUGGAGAGAAGGCUAUCCAAAGACGUAUAGCUUUGGCUCUUGCUCAUUUAUGUUCACUCGAGGAUCAAAGAACUAUUUUCAUUGAUGAUAAUGGACUUGAUCUUCUUCUCGAACUACUGGUAUCGACUAAUCUAAAACAACAGCAAGAUGCAUCAGUUGCUCUUUACAAGUUGGCUAAAAAAUCUUUGACUCUCUGUUCUGUUGAUGCAGCUUCUCCAUCCCCCUCACCUCAGGUGUACCGGGGCGAGCAGUAUGUGAAUAGCUCCACGCUAUCAGAUGUUACCUUUUUAGUUGAAGGCAAGUGCUUUUAUGCACACAGAAUUGCUCUGCUUGCUUCUUCGGAUGCAUUUCGUGCAAUGUUUGAUGGUGGCUACCGGGAGAAGGAUGCAAGAGACAUUGAGAUUCCUAACAUAAGAUGGGAGGUCUUUGAAUUGAUGAUGAGAUUCAUAUACACAGGAUCGGUUGAGAUCACUACUGAUAUCGCGCAAGAUCUUCUACGAGCUGCAGAUCAGUAUCUUCUUGAGGGUCUUAAACGCCUAUGUGAAUAUGCCAUUGCACAAGAAGUUUACCUAGACAAUGUCUCCAGCAUGUACGAAUUGUCGGAGGCAUUCCAUGCCAUGUCCUUGAGGCACAAUUGUGUCAUGUUUAUUUUAGAGCAAUUCGAGAAAAUCAACACUCGUCCAGGGCAUUCCCAUCUAAUCCAGAGAAUAACUCCAGAGAUCCGCAACUACUUUGGCUUGUACAGUUGGAGCCUUUCUGCACUAAACAUCUAUUUCCGAAGGGGGGCAUGUCGGGGGUGUUCUUCUCGCUACUGAAAUCCGACAAUUUCAUAUUAAGAAGAUUUCUGGAGAGAAUACAUUUCCUUCCAUGAUGUGUGUGUUUAAUAUUUUGCAUAUCAGUUGACAAUCCAGAAUUUUUUUGGCCAUUGUCAAAUGCUUCAAACCAUAGAAUUCUUUAUCAAUUACGUGAUAAUUUAAGUGAUGGUUUUGAUUAAAGGUUUUCUAUAGUAUCAGUGCAUACCUGUGGUUGGGAUUCA